CAUGACAUGGAAAGUGUAAUUGUAGUAAUCGAUUUUCCAUUUCCACUCAAAGCUGCCGCCACCGGUUGGAAAUUUUUAAAAUCCAGCCAGACCAAAUAAAGUUUACUGACCCCUGGAGAAGACAAAAGCGGGUGCAGCAGCCACGAAGAGGGGCAGGGGAAAGGUGAAAGCGAAGGAGGUCGCAUAUCGAUUAAACACGCGGAAAGGGGAGGUGGGAGGCGGGUGCGCUAGCAACACGUUUGAUUACCGCUUGUAAAUAACAACAACACGAACGCUGCAAAAGUUGCAAGGACUCCUUCGUUGGACGUUGUGCAACAAUCACAUGUCACUGAAGCCCCAUGGAAAAUCCAGAGGCCGAGGAACAGAAGCCGCCGGUUCCCAAAGCCCAGGCCCCGGAGAAACCCAUUCGCAAGAGGAAUCUAGUCAAAUUCGAACCCAAAACCAGAACACCUAAGAAAACUCCAACCGCCAUACUUUGCGAACUGACUCGUUUAAAGGCCCAGCAAAAAUAUCUCGAAUGUCAUCAAGUCAAGCUGAACCCCAACAAUUUUAUACUUCCGAAUGAUGAAGUAGACACAGACCCAAAGACCGAGCGGGAAGGAGUUGCUUCGAAUGAUCCGGAAAGUAGCCGAAAUGCCCGACCCACUAGCUCCUCCACCACAGACCUUAUAAGCCUGAUCAACGAAAUCGAACAGGAGAAGCUGGUGCUUAAUGAAAAGUUACUGCAAUACCGCAAUGCAAAGCGCGACGAACUUCAGGACAUGUGGCACUUUGUGGCCACCAUAAGGGAGGACGUUUUUCGGCCCGAACGUCUUAGCCAGUAUACAGUUAACGCUCUUAUGGAAAAAAUAGUUGGCGUAAAUGCCCAACUAUAUCGAUUGUCUGAUCAAAACUCCAAGGACCUUGAGGAGUUGAAAGGGCAGUACGAGAAACUGGACCGAGAGAAUAAGCUAUUAUCGAAAAGCGGUAUUUAGGCUAACGACAGGCCAGCAUGUAUAUCAUUUUAAAAAUUUCCUUGGUGUUAAUCUGGUAAAUUGAAAGCUUAUUGUAAGUGGUACCAAAAAAUGUAUUUUAGCUCUAUUGAGAUUCUAAUGUCAUGGAGAAAAUGUUUUUUUCAAAAGGCAUCCUUUCAAUUUCAUUUAAACAAAAUACAUAUUACA